AUGAAAGAUCUAGAGCCACCCAGUGAAGAGACACUUUUGAAUAAUAUCCUCCCUAGUUAUGAUAUGUUCAAGAGUACUAUCUCUUUAGAGUUGGAACCGCUGGAUGAAAAUUACACUGUUGAUCCGCCAACUUACGAAGAUCAUACGAUGACCCCGGUAACUUCUGCGAGGGAGUCUGAGAGUCCCGAUACUGAGGUUUUUGUAGACGAUUAUUCUGGAAACUCAGGCGAUAACUUGCAGGAUACAAUUUUGGCACAUAUUGAUUCUUUACCCUGUUUGGUGGGAAAUCCAAAGUGUGAUGGCCUUGAUGUUAAGAUAACAUUUACUGAAACAGUGGGUCAAGUUGGGAUCAAGCCGCCAAUCAUAGACACCAGUGCGAAGGAGUUUAAGCAAGGUGAUUUCCUUCACGGGUAUGUCACUAUUAAAAAUACUACCGAUCAGCCAAUAAAGUUUGACAUGGUUUAUGUCCUUUUUGAAGGGGUGACAGCUCUAAACACUGAUAAAUCACCUGAGAAGCACAACUUUCUCACAAUGGUGGAUCUUUUUGCAUCAUGGAGCUACGCAAACAUUGACAGACUAGUCACUGACAAGGGAGAUCCGCACGAUUGGUGUCCUGGAGAAAUUGAUCCGUUUGAUGGAACUUCCCUUUCAAUUGACGCAAGAAGGCUCUUUCAACCAGGAGUCACUUACAAGAGAUUCUUUACCUUUAAGAUCCCUCAGAAGUUACUAGAUGACACUUGUCGAAAGAGUUUGCCACAGCAUGCUGAGCUUUGUCCCACACUUGGUAUCAAUAGAGAGGGUGUUCCAGUUAGCCUUUUAUUAAGCACAUCCCGAGUAAGAGAUCUAUCGAUGGUCAACUCAUACAUCUCAUAUAGCGUUGCUGCGAUUAUCAUUGGUCGAGCGAGUAACUUUGAUAUUGAUGUGGACAAGGACAGAUAUAUAAUUGCAAAACGAGAUAAAGCUCCAAUUAGAUUGAUACCGGAUCCAGCAUACUUUGAUUAUGAUGCAAACACCCACUACCAUGCGUUUGUUCACUCGGUUGAAGAGUUGGUAAAGCCCGAUUUGAGUCCAUCAAUGAGUCAAGACACGCUAAAAGUGAAGCAAUUUUACCAUCAGAGGAAUUUGGAAAAGAGUGGCCACUACCAAUGUGUUCAGCCAUUUAAGAAGAAAACUUUGACUGGAUCGUCAAACAUUGGAAUAAUUGCAUUGUCAUCUAAAAAAACAGAGUAUUGUAUCAACUACACUCCCCCCAACCACGGAAUCAAAUCGGAAGUUGUCAUACCCUUGGAGCUCCGCUAUUCAGGAUCGCUGCAAAACCCUGAAAUAAAAAAGGUUGAAGUUGAGUUAGUUGCAUUAACUAUACAAUCUAAGCUGCACCCUAUUCCAAUUGAAUUUACCAAUGAAAUGUUGUUUGAUGACCAAGAAGUUCUUUCCAAGCCAGCAACAAGCAACUUUGACUCAAUAUUGAUUAGAAAGUUUAAUAACUAUCUUCAACAAUUGAACCUGGCGGUAAAGAACGGGGCCAAAAUUGAGUAUCUGAUUUACCGCGAUGUUAAAACCUUGGCUUCUCUCAGUACAAAAUACAUCAACUUAACAGUACCGGAUCUAGAGUUCCACCAGGACGACACAAACGCAAAGCUCAAUUCGAUUCCCUGGGAGUUGGAAGAAAAUGACCUUGUUAAGAAGUUUUCAAUUGCAAUGAAUCUCAGCAAAUGUAGUCUAAAAGGAGUAAAUAACACCAUCAAAGGGUUGGACAAAAUUACCUUAGUUCCCAACUUCCAAAGCUGCUACAUUAGCCGAGUGUAUUAUAUAAAGGUGGGGAUCAAAACCAAUGGUGCCACGCUUUCAUUGAACCUCCCUCUUCGAAUAGAGCGAUAA